AUGUGCAGCGUCAACAGCAAUAUGUCUGCAGGAUCGAACUUCAGCUUCUUGUCCCUGUUCUUUGAUUUAUCCGGGGCUGGUUUCUCAGACAUGAUGAACCACUGUCACGUUCAGAGUGGCUCCCUCGGCUGGUUCGGAGUCAAGAUCUUCAUCCUGCUGACGGCGUUUCCGGCUAAUGCGGCAUUGAUGAUGAUGAUGCUGAUGUACAGGAGGAAAUCCAUGACGCCAUCGGAGGUGUUGGGGUUCAACGUGUCGAUCAUGGACAUCCUGUACUGCCUCAGUCUGCCUCUGGACCUGUACUCCAUCCUGCACCACACAUCUGACUCCGUCCACUAUGCCAAAGACACUCUGUUUGCCCUCAAUGUGUUCGGCUGCCCACUGCUGCUCACCUUCAUAUGUUUGGAGCGCUACGUGGCGGUGGCUCAGCCCAUCUCUUACAUUAGACUGGGCAGGAUGGCGUACCGAGUGGUCCUGUGCACCUGUGCCUGGAUCCUCACCCUGACCGUGGCCCUGCUGGGGUACUUUGUGGGUCUGUUCUCCAUGCUUCUGUGUUUGUCAGUCAUCAUCUCGCUGCUCUUCCUGAUCAUGCUGCUGUGUCUGCUCAAGAUUGUGGUGGUGUUGUGUCAGAGCGGGCCGGGUGAAGGUUCUGGAUCAAGCGUGCCGCUAAAGAGGAGGGCUCUGAAGAACAUCGUGGCGGUGACGGUGCCAGCGGUCGUAGCGUACUCUCCUCUGGUGGCUCUGGUUCCUUACAUGGCGGUGAUCACGUCUACUCACCAGACCACCAUCAGUCCCAAUCAGUGUACCGUCCUGAAGGUCCUGCUGCUCUUCCCAAACUUCGGCCUGUUCAUCGGCCCCUUGUUCUACCUGUCCCGCCUCCAACAGGUGAGCUGCUGCAGCAAAGACAAGCAGAGUCAAAACAACAAAAUUCAGACGGAGUAG